AUGCCCAACACAUCCACCCUCCUCAUCCUUCUCGUGUGCCUUAUCGCACUCUCCUUCAUCCCCACCGUCGCUGCUUUCGGAGCCGGUAAUAUCCCUUCGUACUCAUACCUCGAAGGCAAAGCCUUCAGGCAUGGUGAUAUUGAGGAUGCACUCGCCAACAUGGCCAAGGCGGCCGGCGGGGGCUUCUUGGGUCGGAACGUGAAGUUUACGAACCUUGACAAGAGCAGGGUGUACUUUGGAAACUGGUUGCGGGAUUAUUCCCAAGCUGUCGACGUUGGAGCACUCAAGAAGACGGGACUGCAGACCAUCAUCACGACUUGCUGCGUUUUGGGAUUCUUAGCGCACGGUUCGUUCAACUUUUACUUUUCGUGCCGGUUCGAAGUGACCAAGGAAAGCCUCGGCUGCUACAGGCCCGAAGAGCACAUUGACAACCCGAAAGGCUAUGGCGAAGGCGAGGAUGCGCGCAAGUACGACCCCCGUCUCCGUGGUCCCGUCGACGACCGGGAGCUCCAAAUCGACCCUCGGACCGGCAUGAAGAACUACAUUGCCAACGAGUCUGGAGGAUGGGCCACCUCCUCCGCUCUCGUACGCAACAUUCUUACCCAAUGUAUCGCGGCAGGACGCAGAUUCCGCCAGACUGGCGACAAGGCGGACAGCUACGUCAGCUUCCAGCUUCUCGGACGCGCCCUACACACGCUCGAGGACUUCUCCGCCCACUCCAACUUUGUCGAAGUCGCCCUCGUCACUCUCGGCUACUCGCAAGUCUUCACCCACGUCGGCACCAACGUCCGUAUCCAAGCGCCCAACGGCAAGCAGGUCUCGCCCAUGGUCACCGGCACAUUCGGCGGAGCCGAUUUCAUCCACUCGCUCAUGUCUGAAGCAGGGGACCACCUGUCCCAAGCGUCCAUCUCGGACCUCUCCAAGUCGAUGGACGCCUCCCGCUCCGGGCCCGGCGAUACGACCGGCGUGGGCGGACUGAUCUCCAUCUUCAAGAUGCUUCCGGGCAAUGAAGGGGAUAGUCUGACGCGCGAUAUGAACGAUAUCCAGAAUAUGAGGAGUGCGCCGGGCGGGAUGGACCCGCAGCAGAUGUCCCCGCAGGAACUGCACGCGCAGAUCUGGAAGGUGUUGACUUUCCGGGAUGCGGUGAUGAAGCGGAUCGACAACUUUAUCGACCGCGUGCCGGGGCUUUCGGCCCUUACAGAGAAGCUCGGUAACUCGAUCGCUGUUUUUGUUCUCCAGACCAUCGAGCCCUUCGUCAAGCCCCUCGUUGGUAACGCUACCGCCGCUCUCGGCCAAGGUUCCCAAGCCGUCAUUGACUCGAACGACCAGGAAAUCGUCUGGCACGAUGCCAACUCGAGCGACCCUACCCACAGUUUCCUCUCCAAGGACCACUUCAACGGCAUUCUGAACGAGCCGGCUGGAAAAAUCGCCCAGAAGAUCGUCGAGUACACUGUCGGACUCGUCGUCAAGGCUUGGGACAACCCCGGUAUGGACCCGAGGGAAGUCACCGAGCCUGUCCUGGAGUGUCUUUUCCACCCGGACUUUGCGAAGCCGCACUCGCAGAUCCAGCGGCUCAUGCUCGACACGGUCCGUCAAUGGAUCGACGAGCAAGGAUCCAACAAGCAAGAAACGCUCCGAAGGCUCACGUCCGACUCGGUCCAGAACCACAAGAAUAUCCGGAUUGGGGCCAAGGACGAGUACAGCGGACACGUGCAUAAUUCUAUUGCGGGUGAAGGGGGGUUGCAGGGGAUGCUGGCGUCGCAUAAUGUUCAUGUGCCGGGGAACCAGGUCUUGAAUGCCGGUCAGGAUCUCAUGUCUGGCAAGAUGCCUUGGCAGCAAGGCUUCGGCAGUGGAGGUCAACACGCCUGGCGCGGGAUUGACGAAUCCGGGUCCCAGCCACUCGGCCAGCCCUCCGGCGGAUACGACUCCACCCCUUCAUACGGUCAACACCAAGGUGGCGCCGCAGCGGCAUACCUCGGCGGUGGCGAUGUUGCCUACGGCCAGAACCAGCCUCAUACCUCUUAUGACGGCCAAGGUCAGGGCCAGCACCACCAGGGCAGCUACCAGCAGGGCGGCUACAACUCGGCGCCGAGCUAUGACCAGAAUCAGGGUGGACAAUACGGCCAUAGCCAAGGCGGGUAUGGCGGAGGAGAGCAGUACGGCCAGCAGUACCAGCAGCACCAGCAGCCGCAGUACGGUCAAGACCAGAACCAGUAUGGCGGCGGUGGUGGCGGGUACAACAGCCAGCCUCAGCACAACCAGGGCGGGUACGGGCAGCAGGGCGGGGGAUAUCAGCAGGGCGGAGGCGGAGGGGACAGCUGGGUUCCACCGGGUGGGUAUCGGUCCUAG